CUGUCAUCACGAUCACCGUCAAUGUUUCGCCAGCCACAAAAGCGGGACUUUCAUUGUUUACCGUUUUAGCUAUGAUUUUAAGCCAUUUUCUCGAGUGUUUAGAUUCCUAGUGCGAUUAAAUCGAAUUCCUGUGCGCAGUGUAAUUACAACGGGAGAGAUUAUGUGUGACAUAUUGCUGAUGAACGGGAACUGCAAUGGGAUUGGUCGCAAACGGGCGCGAUCCGAUGAUACCGAUUCGGACUGCCCCUUUGUCAUGCAACGCAAGAUGUUCGUCAACCAGAUUCAGAUGGAUCGUCGUGACGAACGGAAGAUGCGACAAAUCGAAGAAAAGACCGUCAACAUGCUAUUCUUGGGAGCGAAAACGUCCUCUCGUCAGCCCCGGCAAGGCAUAUGUCAGCACGAGUGUCUCAGACACGUGCGUCUCAUUGGAGCCGGGGAGUACGAUUUCGAUUUAGUGAAUUGCCCGCAAUGGAUGGGGAAGAAGGCGGACCGCAAAUGUCGCAUCUGUGAUCGUCAAUCGGUGGUCCAUGCCGAGUGCACCAACUGCAAUCUGGAAUUGUGCGAGUUCUGCGGAAUCAGCUGCCACUACUGCCCGGAAAAGAUUUGCAUGAACUGCGUCAACCUGUUUAACUGCCAAACCUCCGAUGUUCCUUGCUGCGAACGGUGCAAAAUUUUCAACUAGGGUUGGAAAUUGUGAUAUCUGUACUAUUAGCUAGAGUUAAGUUUUGUUUUUUUAGUAGGUGUGAUUAAUACGCAAUAUUAUGAAAUACAAUUUUGAUGAAAGAUAA